AUGCUGGUCGGCACGAAUCUUUGCAAUCCGGCCCUAAUGUUCCCCGCUUUCGUACAGACACAUCCGGUAAAAACUAUGAUUCCUAGCCGGCAAGAGUCUAACGAGAGCUCCAUGCCGUCGACUCCUGUGCACGGCGGUUAUGAUGCGAAGCGAGCGUCACCACUGACACCGGCCGAGAGGACAGGAGCGCCGCCCGGAGCCGGCAAAGACGCUGUCAAACUUUUUAUCGGUCAAAUACCGCGGCACCUUGAGGAAAACGAUCUGCGCCCAAUGUUCGAGGAGUUCGGGAAGAUUUACGAGCUAACCGUCCUCAAGGAUAAGCAUACGGGAAUGCACAAAGGUUAG